AUGUCGUCGUAUUUGGAAAAGCAGUCUUCGGCAUUCAAGGGGACGCUGGCGUCCGCCGCCUCGAAAUUAUCGAACCCAUCGUCCAUCAAGGGCGCCACCCUCGCCAAAGCCGCCGCAGCGCUCACGCCCGGAUCUCCAGCUCUGUCACAGGUUUCGGACGGCGGAACACCGCGAGGAGCGAAACGAAAGCGAGAUGCCGGUCCCGAUAUCCCCUUCUCCCAGCCGCAGUUGACAGGAUACGGCGCGGAGGUCAAGACGAACAUGACAUUUGCGGUCGACUACCUCAAAGGCAAAAAGGGCGUCACCAAGACGCUGGCCGACAUCAUUGGCCACCUGAGUCUGCUUUCGCAGUCAGAGGAACACAAGAAACAGCUUGCUGAGGGCUUGAGGGGACACCCGCGCGUGGAAUGGAGACCAGAUGGCAAUCUGACGGAGCAGACGUGGCAAACGGGCACGUACAAGCACCGGCCCAUCAUCCCUGGCGUGCACGAUGGCGUGACCCUGUUGGCUCACUUGCAGCGUAAGACGGACGCAUCAGGCGUUGCUGUGCGCGACUUGAAGGACGGCUGGCCAGAUUGCGAGGAUACGUUGACCGAAGUUGAGAACGAGCACCGCAUCUUGGUUGUGCGCACUAAGAAGGACAACCUCCCGCGCUAUGUCUGGGCCGACGACCCAUCUCUGUUCCACAGCGUCGAGCCAGAGUUUCAGAAUAUGUGGCAGCGAGUGCAGAUUCCUAGUCUGGAUGAUAUGCAUCGCAAGCUUACCAACGUUGGCCAGAAACCAACCAGUGACGACCCGCGCAAAGCCAAGGAUGGUGCGGGUGGUAAACCCAAGACGCAGAAGAAGCGCUCUGGCAAGCGCAUCGGCAAGGUUACUAACGUGCACAUGGCUCAUCUCAUGCAAGACUUUAGUGGUCUUCGUCGUUGA